AUGACUGCCUAUUGGAUUGCACGGCAGCAGAUAUUAGGGCAUGUUCUGGCUACCUCCUCUGCAGGGGAUCCAUUUAAAGAACUAUGGAAUAGACUUUGGAAAACCAAAGUUCCAGGUAAAGUGCAUGUUUGUGUUUGGAGAGCAUGUCAAAAUCUGUUGCCUACAAGAGACCGGUUGCUCACAAAAGGUUAUGAGGGCAAACCAGUAUGCUUACUCUGUGCUCAUCCUUUGGAGGCCAUUUCACAUGUCUUUACUAAAUGCCUGAUUGUUGUGGAGCUCUUCUCUGCAGCUCCUUUUCACUUAACUACUUCUCUGAUGCUAAGUAUGCCAUUUAAAGAAUGGAUGAUAGAAGUUGCGCUUCAACUCAGGCCUCACGUUUUUGAAAAAUUGUUGAUGCUUAUUUGGUCCCUAUGGAAGAACUGGAAUGAGGCUUUAUGGGAAAAUAAAUCCAAACCUGCGGCAGUGCUCCAGUGUGGUGCCAUGGCUUGGUUGGAGGACUUCCACAAGGCCAGAGCUCCCUUGAAUAAUAUGAGAAACCACGUUAAACAAUGUUGGAGGCCUGCUGAAGGGAACUUUGUCAAGCUUAAUGUGGAUGGUGCUUACUUGCCGUCGAUGUCACAUGGAGAUAUUGGUGGCAUUAUACGUGGACCUCAUGGCUGCUUUGUAGCAGCUUUUGCUCACUCCAUUCCUCAUAUGUGUUCUGCCAAACAAGUUGAACUAAUGGCUAUACGAGAAGGCCUGGACCUUGCAGUACAAAUGAAACUGCAGCAUGUCAUUAUUGAAUCAGAUUGUCUUGCAGCAAUUCAAGACAUUGCUCACAAUGGCGAAUCUGAGUUUGCUUGUAUCAUCGAUGAUAUACUAGAAGCCAAGAACUUAUUGCAGACGGGUUUACAUUUAUGCCUCGUAAGUGCAAUAGAGUAA